CUGUAGAGCGCUCGCCUCAUCAGACACCUUGUGGACAAGGCGGCGCGCGCACGACUCACGUGCGGAGGUAAAAUGCAGUUGAACAAUCGUACGAGGAACACGAGUCUGGCGCUGACUGUAGUCUAACAUUAGUUUUGUAAGAAGAAGAGCCAUGAGGAAGCACCAGAGUCCUACGAAACAGCAGCAGCAGCAGCAGCAGCCGCCGCCGCCGCCAGCUGAUGUCCCGACUCCAGUCAGCGAGGUUACCGUCCAACAACUCAACGAGCUGCUGUCCAACGGCAGCGGCUUCUACAGCUUACCGACACAACACUUCAACGAGGUCUUCCCGAGAAUAUACAUCGGUAACGCGUUCGUAGCCCAGAAUGCAAUGCGCCUGCAGAAACUUGGAGUGACGCAUGUUCUUAAUGUGGCAGAGGGCACUUCCUUCAUGCAUGUCAACACCAGUGUGGAUUUCUACGCCGGCACGGGCAUCACGUACCACGGUAUCCAGGCCAAUGACACCGAGCAGUUCGACCUCAGUGCCUUCUUUGAGGAGGGGGCUGACUUUAUCGACAAGGCCCUUGCACACAAUAAUGGCAAAGGGAAGGUGUACGUACACUGCAGAGAAGGCUACAGCCGCUCCCCUACCAUGGUUGUUGCUUACCUCAUGCUGCGCCAUAAAAUGGAUGCCCGGCUGGCGGUGGCCACCGUGAGGCAUAAGAGGGAGAUCGGUCCCAACGACGGCUUCCUUCGCCAACUGUGCCAACUAAACGAGAAGCUGGCAAAGGAGGGCAAGCUGAACGGGGAGGUGGGCAAACUAAAGACCAAAUGAAAAUCAGGGGAGGCGUAAAUAUUAAGAGACCCUCUACCCUGUCUCCUCCCAUCAUGCCUUUCACAGGUUUCAGCUGCUCUCGGAGACUGACCCCAACCGUGACCAAACCAGCACUCAUCUGACACACUAGGGGUAUUCUGAAACACAAACAUAUACAUGCAUUUAUCUACGCAGAUAAUACUUCCUCAUACACUCACAAUCUCACACACAUACAUGUUUUCUUUCUAAACUUCAUGUCUGUCACUGCUGCUCUGUAAGGAGACCUCUAUCAGUCCUCCUGCUCCUACUAAGAGUGUGAUAUUUAAUACAAACAAACCCCUCAUACUGUUUUUAUAACUCUACAUCACACAGAUGCAGUGCAGACGUCACACUUCGAGUACCUGAAAGCUCUCAAGUCCAUUUUUGAGCUGAGCUACUUAAAGCAUUCCUUCAAGUUUAGAAGGUGAAAACUUCGCCCUGAUUUCUAAGAUUCCUUAAAUAGUUUUACAAAAUAGAAGAUUAUAGCACAAUCAUUCCAUAGUUUUCCACUGCCGGGAAUGUCAGUGAUGUCUCCGCCAGCAGGAGUACUCUAUAAAUUCCAAAAAAUAGCUUAAUGCUAUGAUGAAAAUAAAUAUUGAAAGGCCACACAUGAUGCAACAAAGAAGCAAAAUAAGUCAGUUUUGUUACACAGAAAGCGAUCUGUGAACGGAUGGAGGAAAAUCCCAAACAUUCCAUGAAAACCGGAAAAAACCUUUUGUUUGUCCACUCGAUCCUUAAAAUCCAUAAUUCUCUUAUCUUCUACCUGUAGGGGCAGAUAUUUUAUGCACAAACAAGUUACAAGCUAUUCACACCCUAACACAUCAAAAAGCAAGCUGUCAGCAUCCUUGACUCUUUGGCCUCUAGUUUGACGGCGGUAGCAUAAAAUUUAUCAGUGGCGCAAAAGGUUGUUGACCCCGACCUGCCGUGUCAGCGAAGCCGACACCAACAACAGCAAAGGUCGAGCUAAUUAAAAAUAACGAGCUGCGUGGGUCGUUCAUGUACCGGACAUAUUUAGCAACUGAUAUGACGAACGUUCACUACAGCUAAAUAUGGUCAAGAUCAUUUUAUACAUAAGGAAAGGUCUGUUCUACAUCUUUAAAUGAUUAUUCACAGUAUUUCACUUCUAAUGUGACUUAAAUUCAGUUCUCUUCAGUUGCAUAAGAAAUAUUAAGUAACAGUGACAUUUGUUUGAGAUUAUUCUAAUUUUCUGUUAGUGAAGGCAGCAGGAGAUGAGUAGAACAGGACCGCAUGAAAAAAUGUAAUUAUAUUCACCAUCAGUAUCCUGUAGCUGACCUUCAUUAUCUCAGUAGCAUCCAUCCAGGAUGCAGAGAAGAGGUUUAAACACAAGACUACAGAGAGUCUUAGUCAAAACACAAUCUUCAGUUUUAGGCAGGAUGUUGAUUUAUUUUAAGCCCUUUAUAAUAUUCCUAUGAUGACUUAAAAAGCACCAUGUAUAUUGAAGUGACUCAGGAUUUUACUGAGUCAGUGUUGUAGUUACACACAACAACUUUGUCAAAAUUUUUUUUAUUGAUUUACUACAUAAUACAUACAUACUUUUUGUAUGCAAGAGUUUAUGGUAUAUUUCUCAUAAGCUAGGGGUUGGAAUUGUUUGUAUUUCUAUGUUUCUGGCAACUCAGACUGUGUUCACACUAAGCCAGCUAAUUCUGAAAACACUGUUUACACGUGCGUUGAUUUGCAAAGAUUACACUAAUCAACAGGAACACUGCUAAAUCUCUCCCUCCUCUUUUGGUCGGCAAACAACGCAACUGUGCAUCUCAGCCAACAUCAGGUGGAGAGUAGGACAGACAGUCUGGUUACUCCUCUCAGCUGGUUAAACCUCAGUUCAGUCUGUUCCUUCUGUCCGAGAUCACCUAGACUGUAUUGUAAUAUUGUAUUUACAUAUUUUUCUGUUUCUGUUGUCAGACAACUGAAUGAGUAUAAAAUAGUGGUUUUAUUGCGUCAUAUAGAUAGGUCUGUUUUCAAGUAUCUCCUUCACUACUACACUAGAAGUCAAUAAGAUUACUAGUUUUAUUGUCAUCGUCUGCCAAGAUAAACAUAAAUACAGCUUAAUGACAACAGCUGUGCCGUGUGAUUGGCUGCACUGACAUUUAAAAUGAUCACAGAUGAUCACAGAGAGGGUUAAAAGCAACAGAAAACUGUACUGUAACGCAGUCCCCAACUCUCAUUGUUUCCGAAACAACAAUAUUUUUCUUGUCCACACUAUAAUGGUGCGUUCCUUUCAAUUCUGAGCUUGAAGCGUUCCACCACUCCACAACACCAAACGCAAACAGUCAACAUGGCUGACUGUAAGAAACCUGUCUUCUCCAUAAAGCUAGUUAACUAGCUCGAUUGACAUCACUCUACAAAGAUAAUCGGUCUUAUUCCAUUUACAGUGUUUUUAGGCGGGGAGAUGACUAUAUGGCCUUAAGUUGAUUACUAAGCAUUUAUGGUGUUCACCUUAAAAUUGGCCAAGUUUCCCAGUGGGAGCUCUGACUUUGAGAGCUGUUCCAUCAUACUUUUUCAAGUGGGAAGUUGGAAAUUUUUGAGCCUUGAGUUGUCUGGACCGCAGCAUUACGCAAGGCUACAGUUUUUAAAUUCAUCCUCUCUGGAGACAGUUUUUUGAAGUUCUCUGUAUUCAGGUGAGAAUAACUUGGGCAUAGUGUGAACGGAAGACCAAACUGGAAGGAAAAAGAAAGAGUUUUCAAAUGUAACCGGCCAAGACUGGAUGUACUUAAGUCUGUGUGAGUCCUACCAAGAGGUUCUCCAAUUGAAGAGGAAAGAGAUUUCUCAUAGCCGGCUGUUAUAAAUAUCUAGUUUCAGUUGAAUAUUCAUAAUACAACAUUACCAAUGCCACAUGGCAUUAGAUUAAGGGUGUUAAAGGCCAAUUGCGCCAGUUUACCACCCUCAAACUAGAGGCCUGAGUUUUAAACUGUCAAAUGGAUCACCAGGGAAGGAUGCCACCCACUUCCAGCAGAAAGUUCCAGUCAUCACGCCAGAGAGUUGUCCACUGCCAAUUCCCUGACACAGCUAUUCGGCCAGUAUCCAAUACCACUGUUUCAUCAACACAGUUUGUCAGAGGUCCAUACACAACAUGUCACUCGUCUCACUUCUGAGUGUGUGUCAUACAGUACUUUACUAUGCCUGACUUCAUGCACACACAGGGUCAAAUCACAAAGCCUUUUCUGUUUGUAUGUACUAAAGCAUUGCAAUAUAUGUCAAUACCCCAUCAGAUAUAUAGAAUGUAAUCACAUCUAAAUAUGACUAUUCAGGCUGUAGUUGUUACAUAUAGGCAACGUUAGUUCAGCAACACAUUUUGAAAGACACUAUUUAUUAUUGGGCAUAAUACUGUAAACUAGACCUAGUGCCAGGAAAGACAAUGUUUGAGUGUUUUUAAAACCUGCAGCAGGUCACUCCGACAGAGAGAAGUGGACAAUUUCCAGACAGAGACUGUGAGAACGAGGGAGUCUGAGAUGGAAAGUAUUAAACUAUUUCGCUGGAUGACCACCAGCAUCACUUCAGUUUGCAGACUAUAGAGUGUUGGUAGUUCAGCCACUAUGUCUCACAUGAAUAUUUCUCUUGAAUAAAUGGCCUGGUGGGGCCUGUUAACAUGAUUCCCGGGGGAUAGAUGUCUCACUAGAACGAAAAAUGAAAAACUAGGUCAUCUCACCUCAUUAAUGGCACUAUUUAUUCCUCCUUUGAUAUAUCUGUAUACAUAUGAAUAUAUACAUGUAUACUGUAUAUACAUAUUUAAGUGUUGACAUAUAUGAAUGUAUGAGCAAUGUGUCUAUAACGUGUAGGUAUCGUCAGUAUGUCUUAAGUCCUUAUAUAUCAUGUUAUAUUUGUAUAUGACAUCACAGAAUAAUCAACUUUUUGCACAGCUCGUCCAUUUUUCUGUUAACUUACAUGUGCAUUAAUAUUCAAAUAUGAUGUGCAUGUAAAAUGUUCUGUGUAAUUGUGAUAUUUCAUAUCACAAUUGUGUAAAACUUGCUUGCAGGGUUUUUCCAAGCUUAGAUGGGAUACUGAGGCAUGUAAUCAUCGUGUUUACUGGUGUUUUCCAUGGUAAUGCUAAUUUGUUCAUAAUAUACAGCAAGAUGCAGGUGGCAGCAUAAGAUACAUAUGGAUACAUAUGGCGUACAUGUCAUCACGUCCAAGGAUACACUCAUCCCAUCACCUGUACAUUUGGUUCUUCAAAACAUUUCCAAAUUUUUUUUUUUUUUGUCUUUCUUUCUGUCUAAAUCGAGGAGUUUUGAGUUUUCUGCUAAGAUCAGUAACUUGGCUUGUUUGGACGAGAAUGAAGUGAUUCUGCAGCUACACUUGUCAUUUCAAUACAAUGUAAGUAACUAUUUCACAAGCUCAUGUAUUGAUAUUUAGGAGGCUGUGACUCUCCACUAGAGGGAGCUCUUCUGUCAUUGUUAGACCAGUUUUACACAUGGCAACCUGCACCACCUAUAGGAGCAUUAGCAGCAGCUGAGAUCUGCAGAUGUCACUGGGUGCGUUCUGAUACCCGUACUACCAUACUAUGUAGUAUGCCAGAAAAAGAUUUAGUAUGUCCCGAUACAUGGUGCGUCAAAUGCAGUAUGCCAAAAGUACCAGGAUGUCCUACUACAUCCAGUCACAUUUUGCAGUAUGCAAGCCUGCAUGCUUUUAUGGCUAUUCUGACCCAUAAUCUUCUGCGCAGAUGACAAUAUGUCACAUCAGUUGAGCUACCAAGAGAGCACAGACCAAUGACAGCGCAUAGACAGAAGCUGUGAUGACAGAAAAAGUAGUAUGUCCCAGUUGUAUGCAUGUUACUGUAUGUACUUUGUAAGGGCAGCUGCAGUAUGUACUAAAAGUUAAAAGUUAAAAACAACUGUCAUCCAAGUAGCCUAUCUGCGGACUCACAGUAUCUACACAACACACCCACUUUACUACACGACGCACCAACUUUACUACACGACGCACCCACUUUACUACACAACACACCCACUUUACUGCACAAUGCACCCACUUUACUGCAAGACGCACCCACUUUACUACGCGACGCACCCUCUUGGUUAGGUUUAGGCAUGAGGAGGGGGGUUGGUUAGAUUUUGCUCAUUUUACUAUCAAAUGUUUAAACCAGAGAUGAAAGUGUCCAGAGUAGAGCUGAAAUGAUUAGUUAAUUAAUUGAUUAGUUGAUCCACAGAAAAUUAAAAUUAUUUUGAUCGGUUUAAAGUAAAUUUUUAAGCAAAAAUGCCGAACAUUUGAUGGUUCAGCUUCUUAUAUUAUUGUAAAAUUAAUAUCUUCAGGUUUUAGACAAAAAAGUGGUUUCCAAACUUGACCUUUGGUGCUAGGAAAUUGUGAUAUUCAUUUUCACAAUUUUCUUAUGUUUUUAUAGAUCAAACGACUAAUUGAUUUAUCAAGAUAAUAUUUGUCAGGUGAAUUGUUGGUUGGAACUCUAGUCUCUCUACUUGUACGAUGAUUUCAGUUCUACAUAGUUUGGAAAAAAAACAGUCAAAAGUGUUUAUAAACAGUGUGAAGAUUUUGUGUAAUGCAGACUCAAAUUUAAAUGAAUGCAGCCAGAUAAGAUGCAUCACAGCCUCGUCUAAUAAAAUCAAAUCUUCAAAUAAGAUCUCAAAACAUGCAUUGAAAUGUCGAGUGUUGCCGUAGUCUGUGACUCACUGGCCAGGAGGACAGUCGCACCGUGUCGUUCCCUGAUUCCGGCUCCCGGUGAUGGUCUCAGUGCUGGUUCACGCACAGGUUGUUAUUGUCCACUCUGAGCCCUGUUGUUCAACCAUCUCAUACACUUGAAAAUGUCUCAGAUCUAUAAAGCGGUGCACUCGAUCACGCACAUCCUCUAUCAGGAUUGGUGAAGUGUCUGGCAAGAUAAAUCUGAUGAGGCAGUUCAAAUGAGACUGUUUUCAAGUAUAAUUUAGCACAUGUGUCACACUGUGUUUUCCCAUCACCUCAUCAUGAACCCCAAACCACACAAUGAAGUUUUCCCUAUCAGAUAAAUGUGUAAUCAAGACAUCAACUAUUAUAUAUGUACUGUUGUAUACAGACAGAGAACCAUGCACCUCUGUGCCCUGACACAAACACAUAUACACCGAGUCUGUGCCAAGUGACCUACUGUGUUGUGCAAAAGCCAUUGAUAAAUGUUUAUGAUUGGCUUUGUUGUCAUACAGAUAGACUGGGGUUUCACUCACUCGCAAAUAUUUGCAUCUGCUCUACAAUACUGCCCUCCUUCUGAAUACACAAAAAGCAACAAGUCUUUCUUGUUAAGUUUUAUAUACAAUAUAUCUUUAAAUUUGGGAAUUAUUGGGGCAAAAUUCUUCAAAUCGGUCCAGGAUGAGGGUAUGUACUUUAAAGCAUCAACUGCCUACAUCAACCUGCUUAAUGACCAAAUCAUUGACAGUUUUUGUUCAAGGCUCCAACUGCUCCCAAAGAUGAGAGCUAAUAAACUUUCAAUGGUAGCCAAACUAGCCACUGUAGAAGUUUUCUUUCUGCAUUUAUUUUGUAGCCACUAUUGAAAUGUCAAAAUUGUAAAACUUUUCCUGUUAUGGUGAAAUGUCAAAGAAUGCAUGAAAAAUAACAUUUCUAUGAUGGCUACAAAGCUGUUUUAACACUCUAAUGCAUCGAGUAACAGAUAAACACUGCCACCUGCUGUUCAAUAACUAGUGAUUUGCACAAGUUCUUUUUAAAUUGCGUAUUACUUAUGGUGAUUAUAACUAAUAACAUCAUAAAUAGUUACAAUCUAACCCCAUGUUUUCUGUUCUUUUUCUUCCUAAAUGUGAAACCUUGUAAUGUCAAUUUACUUUGUUUUCUUUACUAAGGUGUCAGCAUCCUUUUGUGGGUUAUACUCAAGGUAUAUUAUGUAUUAUCGAGAAUGUCAAAUGUGAAAUGCCAUUGAUGUAUAUUGUUAUAUAUACUAAGUAUGUCACAUGCACUAAGGCAAUUGUGAAUUGCUGCAUUUUACUGUCAUAACUGGCCUACUACUGUAUAUAGAUAGGAUAUUGUUUGUUAUUGGAUCUAGAGAGUUGAAAUUGCAGAUGAAACAUUCUUUCUAAUUUCUUUUCUCCUCAAAGUAACUUUUUUUUUUUUUUUUUAAGAUUUCUCCUGUUACAAGGAUGUAAGUUGAUUAUAGGUUAAUUAUUUAGCUCUGCUAAUAAAGAAGGCUAUUUUUUGUACAGUAGGAAACUCUGAAAUGUUCCUGGAAGUGUGAUUGUGACCUACUUCUCCGACUUUACCAUUUAGUUAACUACGUAUGUCAUUAUCCAUGUUGUUUUUGGAUGAGUCACCUAUAUAAUGGUAGUCAGAGCUGGGCCAGACGGUAAUUGUACUUCAUUCAUAGUGGUUGUUUAAAACUGUACGAGUUACCAGAACUGGAGAGAAGGAUUAUUAAAUAAUACAAAUGGAGUCAGGUAGUUUUGUUCUUUAUCAUAGAAAAGUAUGUUAAAUAGACUCACAAAUAACUUCCUCUGAUUUUAGUACAAAUUUGUAGUCUCAUGUGGCGCCAUCUGCUCUGAAGUCGGCAAAUACCUGAGAUGUUUAAACCCUUGGUGACUGACAGCUGAUAUCUUAGAUCAUGGAAACUCAUCUGGCUGGAGUUAUCUGAAUUGUUCAUGAAGCAAUAAACUCCAUCCAUCUGGUACUCUAGAGAGCAUUCAAACACUGGAAAAGACUUACAAAUACUGUUUGGCUCAGGUAAGGUGCUGACACCAGAGCUGUCAUCUUCUUGCUCCCAUUCUGAUAAAAAGGCUUAAAGCAGGAGUUUUAGCACAAAUGAGCCCACUGCCUGACUGCCUGACUGUCCAUUACACAGUCAACGUCUUAUCCUGUCACAUAGUUGCAUAUCUGUUUAUGUACAGAUGUCGCAGAGGACAUUGUUGUGAUGUUGUCGGGUUGUGGAUUGGCAGUUUAUCGGUAUAUAUAUACAUGUGUGUGUGCACGUGUGCAUGUGUGUAUGUGUGUGCGUGCGUGUGCGUCACCGCCACUGACAUCUCAAAGACCGCAUCACAACAGUUACGACACAGCACCCCACCCAAAGCCUUACAGUAAAGAUUGAUUCUUUCGAUAUGUUUUUGAGUUUGUCAAUCUCACUUCACACAGUAGGAAGGGACAGCAGCUCCCUUAUAGAAUGAGAUAUUGUUGAAGUGCACUUGAUUUUAAAUUGCAAUGUUGUUUUUCUUACCUUGGAGAAGUCCCUUUUUUUCUUAUGUUUAAGAAAUAAAUGGCUGAGGUAUUAACAUCUUA